CCACUAUUCAUCCUUGAAGCCUGUCGAGUUCGAAGAGACGUUCCAAGUCUACACAAUGGCCACCAAACACCCCUUAAAGACUACCUUUGAAGUCGAGAAGGUCAUCCAGCCGAUUUUCACGGGGGGCUCGGUGGGAAUUGACAAUGGCGCCCGUGUGCUCGCCACCACCCUGGGCGAGGAUGCUGUCUUGACCGAUUUGACGACGGGGAAGCGGCUGGCAUUGAUUGAAGGGGACGGAGAGGUUCUCUCUACAUUAACAAUAACUCCAAGCGCAUCCCACCUUAUUCUAUGCUCACGGUCCCUGUCUAUGCGGAUCUAUUCCCUCAAGGUCUCCCCAGAUUACGACACGAUCGAAGCUAGCCUCAUCCGGACCCUGAAGCCUCAUGCGACUCCGGUGGUGGUUCUUGCUGUCGAUAAGACGAGCACGCUUCUUGCGACUGGAGCAGCUGAUGGAGCCAUCAAAGUCUGGGAUAUUGUAGGCGGAUAUGUCACACAUACAUUCCGCGGCCCGAGUGUCUUGGUAUCCGCCCUGCAUUUCUUCGAGGUUGCCGCUGCGGAGGACAGUCUGCCGAGGCGCAAGUCAAAACAAGGUGGCAGGAAAGCGGAGGCCGUCGAGAACGGGAAUCCCGGUGUACCGAACUUCAGGCUCGCCUCGGGGAGCCAGGACGGCAAGGUACGUGUCUGGGAUUUAAACAGACGCGGGGCUGUUGCGGACCUCGACUCCCACGUAUCGAAUGUCCAAGGGCUGGAUUACUCUCCUGCUCACCACGUGCUGGUCACCGCCGGCAGGGAUAAGACUAUCAUAUGGUGGGAUUCCAGGACAUGGGAGGUGCGGAAAGUUACGCCAACCUUUGAACUCGUUGAGGCUGUCGGCUUUGUCGGAGACGGGCAGCUUACCUACUCGGCUGGAACCAAUGGCUGUGUCAGAAUCUGGGAGACCGAGACCGGGCGGGAGGUCACGAAGGAACAAGCAGCAAAGGUUGAAGGCGAGGCAAUAGUCUCCGUUGAAUAUGUCGCUCAAUCUGGUCUCCUAUUGUGCGUUCAGGCCGACCACACCUUGGCCCUCUACCAGACCCCGGCGGGCGAAUGCAAGGGCGCGAUCUCGAGUCUCGGCGCGAUGCAGCCGUUUAGGCGAAUAUCUGGGACUCACGACGAGAUUGUCGACCUCGCAUUCCUCCUCCCUGAUCAGUCAAUCCUUGCGCUGGCUACGAACUCGGAGGAUGUGCGGUUAGUCUCGGUUGUGGAUUCCACAGCUGUGUCAGCCGAAUCCGAUGGUCCAACGACUUACUUUGGACAAGACGUUGCGUUAUUGAAAGGACAUGAAGAGAUCGUCCUGACAAUUGACGUGGAUUGGUCAGGUCACUGGGUAGCAACGGGUUCCAAGGACAACACCGCACGCCUCUGGCGAAUUGACGCGGCCAACAAUUCUUACUCGUGCUACGCGGUCUUUACUGGCCAUGCCGAGUCUUUGGGGGCCGUGUGCCUGCCCAAAACCAUUCCGCCGACAUCUUCCGCAGCGAGAGACGAACCUCUGGACCAUCCGCCAGCAUUCCUUUUGACUGGAUCUCAGGACCAGACUGUGAAGAAGUGGGACAUUCCCCGGCAGCGCCAGCAGGGCUCUGGGAAGUCGUCAAGAGCACUCUACACACGCAAAGCUCACGACAAGGAUAUCAACGCUCUUGAUAUCAACACUCCCGGGCAGCUCUUUGCCUCUGCCUCUCAAGAUAAAACCGUCAAGAUCUGGGACAUCGAGACCGGUGAAGUGCAGGGUAUCCUGAAGGGGCACAGGCGGGGCGUCUGGUCUGUCAAAUUUGCCCCGCCCGGUCUCCCUCUCAUCCAGGGCGAGCAGGGGCAAAUGUCUGGGAAAGGCGUUGUUCUCACUGCGGGCGUCGACAAAACGAUAAAGUUGUGGAACCUGGCUGAUUACGCCUGUCUGAGGACCUUUGAGGGACACUCACAUAGCGUUCUGAAGGUCGCUUGGCUCAACGUGACGACGGAAGAGAAUGCCGCCAAGAAAAAUCCCCAGUUUGCCAGCGCUGGUGGCGACGGGCUGGUCAAGGUCUGGGAUGCCAACGUAGGGGAGACGGAGUGCACGCUGGAUAACCACGAAGACCGGGUUUGGGCACUUGCAGUACACCCAAAGACAAACACGAUCGUGUCGGGGAGCGGAGACUCAACGGUGACCUUCUGGAAGGACACGACAUCCGAGACUCGGGUUGCCGCGAUGGAGGCAGCAACGAAGUUAAUCGAGCAGGAGCAGGAGCUGGAGAAUUAUAUCCAUGCCGGGUCCUACCGCGAUGCUAUCAUCCUGGCCCUCCAACUGAACCACCCUGGCCGGCUCCUCAAGUUGUUCACCAACGUGGUCACCACGAGUGCGCCGGAGAAGGACAGCCUGAGUGGGUUGAAGGCUGUGGACGAGGUGCUCGCAAACCUCUCGGACGAGCAGAUAUUCCUGCUCCUGCUGAGGUUGAGAGACUGGAAUACGAACGCCAGGACGGCGCCGGUUGCACAGCGUAUCUUGUGGGCUCUUGUCAGGUCCUAUCCGGCGUCGCGGUUCUCAAAUCUGUCGGUCAAGGGAGCUCGAGGCCAGAAGAGCUUGAAGGAAGUCCUGAAUGCGUUGAAGGUGUACACGGAAAGGCACUAUAAGCGGCUGGAAGAGUUGGUGGACGAGAGCUAUCUUGUCGAGUACACGCUGCAAGAAAUGGAUAGUCUUGCACCUUCGCUGGUUCGCACUCAUGCGUCCAUAAGACUAUCGGAAGCGCUUGACGAAGUGGAAGGCGUCGACUCUCCUGCGUCCAAGAAGUCGCGAUACGACAACUUGAAAAGCAGGAGUGGAACACCGAGCACAAAGGAAGAGCCGAACAAAAUAGAAGACGGAGAGAAAGAGGAAGAGGAAGACUUUGAAGAUGGGGUGGAAGAAAAGGCGCCCAUUCGACAGGCAGCCCCGACCGAAGGCUACGACGAUCUCUAUCUCGACACGAUAGACAGGAACGUGCUAGAUUUCGACUUUGAAAAGCUGUGUUCCAUCAGUCUCUCAAACAUCAACGUCUACGCAUGUCUAGUCUGCGGCCGGUAUUUCCAGGGCAGGGGGCCGAAAUCCCAUGCCUACUUCCACGCGCUCGACGAAAACCACCACGUCUUCAUCAAUAUGGAGACGCAAAAGGUCUACGUGCUGCCGGAGGGCUACGAGGUCAAGAGCAAAUCGCUCGACGACAUCAAAUUCGUAUCAGACCCCCGAUAUACGAAGGAGGAGGUCAUGGAGUUUGACCGUAAGCCGCGCACAUCAUGGGCGCUCGGGAACAAGGAGUACACGCCGGGGUUCGUGGGGAUGAACAACAUCAAGGAGAACGACUACCUAAACGUCAUCGUGCAGGCGCUGUCGCACGUCGCGCCGCUCCGCAACUACUUCCUGCUGGAGGACUUCAGCGGGGCGCCCGAGCUCGUCAAGCGGACGUCAAUCCUGUUCCGCAAGAUCUGGAACCCCCGCGCCUUCAAGGCCCACGUGUCGCCCCACGAGCUCCUCCAGGAGGUGUCGCUGCGGUCCAACAAGCGCUUCACGCUGACGGCGCAGUCGGACCCGGUCGAGUUCCUCUCGUGGUUCCUCAACAACCUGCACCUCGGGCUCGGCGGCAGCAAGACCAAGCCCGGGUCCAGCAUGAUCCAGCGUGUCUUCCAGGGCAAGCUCAAGUCCGAGUCGCAGGCGAUCACGGCCAAGGCGGACGCGGGCGACCGGCUGCGCUUCGAGGAGGCGGCCGAGGUCAAGGUGGAGCAGGGGCGGUUCCUGCUGCUGACACUGGACCUGCCGGCGGCGCCGCUGUUCCAGGACGAGCUGGAGCGCAACAUCAUCCCGCAGGUGCCGCUGACGACCAUCCUGGGCAAGUACAACGGCGUGACGGCGCAGGAGCACCUCGCCCAGCGCAAGCGCUACCGCCUCGUCCACCCGCUGCCGCCCUUCCUGGUGCUGCACGUCAAGCGCUUCAGCCACAACAAGUUCGUGUCGGAGCGCAACCCCACCAUCGUCACCUUCGACCCCACGGGCCUCGACGUGUCCCCCUACGUCCAGCCCGACCCGGCCGUGCACCCGCCCGGCGAGCCCGUGCUGUACGACCUGGUCGCAAACGUCGUGCACGAGGCCGUCCGCGGCCGCGACGACGUCGCCGACUCGGCCGAGGAGCGGAAGACGUGGAAGGUGCAGCUGCGCGACCGGGCGACGGACGAGUGGGUCGUCGCGCAGGACCUGUUCGUCGACAAGAUCCGCAGCGAGCUGCUGUACCUCGGGGAGACGUAUCUGCAGAUCUGGGAGCGGAGGAGGGAGGGUCCGGGCAGGGGGAAGGGGAAGGGGAGGGCAUAAGCAGGACUGCAGCCCCUUGUUCGGGCGGAGUUGCUGUCUGGGCUGAGAGGGUGGUGUAUGCUAUGUUAGGUAGAGCAUAUCUUGUUCCCGCUCCCAUGGCGCGGCAAAGGCUCCAUGACUGAAUAAAUAUUGCCCAUAAUCCACAUAACCCACAACCCACAAGCCUAAAUCACGAUCUUCUCUCGCGGAGUACGACAUCCGGUGGCGGACCUAUCGUCGUUUCGAUUUUUUUACUUUUUUUCUUAUUCCCGCUGGCUUCGCAACAGCUACAACCAGGACACUAGAGUACAUCCAUAGCAAGCCAA